UGUCUUGUCAGGCAGCAGAAACACUCAGUAGUCAGGGUGGCGUGUGUCCUGAUAGACGGGCACCCAUCAGCGCACACAAUUAGAGAGUAUUACUGUCUUUUCUGAAAUAGCUGGCUAUUAGUUAUCUGUUUGUUCCCUUUUUCCAACAAUGUCUUUGGGAGUGGAGUCUGGAUUCUCAAGCGAGGAGGUCUUAAACAGCCGCUUCCCUCUCCAUCGGGCUUGCAGGGAUGGAGACGUCGGAGCCUUGUGCUCCCUCCUUCAGAGCACCUCGAACCCGUCUGACCUCACUGUCGAGGACACCUUCUACGGCUGGACGCCCAUACAUUGGGCUGCUCAUUUCGGAAAGCUGGAGUGUGUGAUGCGUCUGGUUCAAGUGGGCUGUGGCGUGAACUCCAUUACCUCCAGGUUUGCACAGACGCCCAUUCACAUUGCUGCUUUUGGGGGCCACCCUGAGUGUUUGUUAUGGCUACUUCAAGCUGGUGCAGAUAUUAACAGACAGGACUAUGUGGGCGAGACGCCCAUCCACAAGGCUGCUCGUGCGGGCAGUCUGGAUUGUAUCAACGCUCUCUUGAUUCAGGGAGCGAAAGCUGACAUGAGGAAUGCCAGUGGGCUGACCGCUGCUGACCUGGCCCAUGCACAAGGAUUCCAGGAGUGCGCUCAAAUUCUUGCCAAUGCCCAGAACCUCCAACAAAACAUGGCUCAGUCCCAUAACGGGGCUUUUCUGAAUGGCCAGAACGGGGGCCAUGCUCACCCCACCAUCCAGGGACGCAGCUUUUUGAGCGGCAUGCCCAAUAGAAAGAGGUCUUUUGAUGGCAUGGAGGCAAACCCAGGGAAGAAACCUAGACCUAAUGGAAUGUGCACGCCGCUUGAAAGGCUGAAUGGGAAUUGGCCACUAGGUGGCAGUGAAGAGCCCCAGAUGGAGAGCAUGAACGUGGAGAUGGCAGCAACUGUAAGCUCAGUGGGAGGUGAGAGGCACUGUGAAGAUUUUUCCUUAAGUGACCCAGCUGCACGAAUGCUCCAUGGCCAGCACAUCUACAGUGACUCACCUGAGAUCAGUAGCACUGCGGGCAGCCAGGUGGAGCACCAGAAGUCUGUCAAAGCAGAGCAGUUGUAUGACCAGACUCUCUUCAGCACCAUACUUCUUUACCAUGGAUCCUAAGUACUAAGGAUUACUCUGACAGGCUGUUUUUUUGUUUUCUUUUCUUUUCUUUUUGUUUGUUUUUUCAUUUAGGCCUUAAAGCUACUGAGUAGUUAAGCUGUGCUUUGAAAGCAGUGUUUGUUCCUGACACUACCCAUUGCUGUGGAAAGAUCUGAAAUUGGUGAUUAAAACUAAAUGAGAAUUUGUUUAAGAGAAGGUAUAUGUUAUGCUUAUGUGUUUGAUUAUGCUGCAAAUGUUCUAAAUAUACUAAAGCAUCUGUGUUAAAGCACUGCCGAAAUUUCAGUUUGUUUCAAGUUGACGUAAAUAAAACCAAUUCAAAUACAUCCAAUGUAACUCACUCAAUAAAAACGUUUUGCAAACGUU